UGUAAAAGGCUUGUUAGUUGUUAUGUCUAAAAUAUCAAUCUGGUGGAGAUGCUUAUACUAUCUUACAAACUAAACCAGCAAAGUUUUAACAUCUGGUAUCAGAUUGAGUGUGUUACAAGUUUUUGAGUUCUCCUAUGGCAAGACACUUGCUACCUGUAGUUUUUCUACUCUAUUUGACUCUUCCUUUCAUUGUUCAUGCUCAGAACAACCAAUCAGGCUUCAUUAGUAUUGACUGUGGACUAGUGGAUGAACCAAGCUACACAGAUGAAACUACUUCCAUCUAUUACACUUGGGAUGUUAACUUCACAGAUACCGGUGUAAGCCACAACAUAUCAUCUAAACACAAGGCAUCCCUUGAAAGACAGUUUUGGAAUGUAAGAAGCUUCCCCGAAGGAACCAGGAACUGCUACACCCUUUUUGUUUCACAAGGAAGUAGCAACAAAUAUUUAGUCAGGGCCAGUUUUGUGUAUGGUAAUUAUGAUGGAAAAGAUUCUCUUCCUGAAUUUGAUAUCUAUCUUGGAGCCAAAUGGUGGGAAUCAAUGGUGUUUGAGAAUUCAUCUAGUGUAAUUAGCAAGGAAAUCAUUUAUGCUGCAUCCUCAGAUUAUGUUCAUGUUUGUUUGUUUAAUACUGGCAAGGGUACACCUUUUAUUUCAGUUUUAGAGCUUAGAGUUCUUAGCAGUGAUGAUGCCUAUCUUGAUAACUCUUUGGAGCUUUUGGGGAGGUUUGAUAUAGGCUCAAAGGAUGGUAAAAAAAUCAGAUAUCCAGAUGAUGUUUAUGACAGAACAUGGACACCUUAUAACUCAAUUGAUUGGAAAAAAAUAGACACUUCACUCACCAUAGACCAAGCACCUUCAUUCAGCUUUACGCCGGUACCACCCUCCAAUGUGAUGCGAACAACAGCAAUUCCAGCAAAUGCCAGUGACAACAUGGAAUUUUCCUUCCUUCCCAAGUAUAAUUCCUCCAGAUAUUAUGUGUACAUGUACUUUGCUGAAAUCCAGAAGCUCCAGGAAAAUCAAAUCAGAGAGUUCAAUAUUUUUGUAAAUGGGAAGCUUCUAAGUAGUGAAGUCAAUCCUUUGUAUCUUCAAAACCUGUAUUAUUCAACAGCUAUAAGUGAAACUAAGUUAAAACUUUGGCUUAAUAAGACUAGUAGAUCAACUCUUCCACCGCUAUUCAAUGCGGUCGAGAUAUAUAUGUCAAAGGACUUCUUACAAUCAGAAACAUACCAAACCGAUGUUGAUGCUAUCCUAACUGUGAAGUCAACUUAUGGGAUCAAGAGAAACUGGCAAGGAGAUCCUUGUACUUCAGUUUCAUACUUGUGGAAUGGUUUAAACUGCAGCUAUGCUGGUACUGAUUCACCAAGGAUCAUAUACUUGAACUUAACUUCCAGCGGUUUAAUUGGAACUAUAGCUGCUGGCAUAUCCAAUCUGAAGUCCAUAGAAUAUUUGGAUUUGUCAAAUAACAAUUUGACUGGUGCUGUGCCAGAUUUCCUAUCUCAGCUGCGCUUCUUGAGAGUUCUAAACCUUGAAGGAAAUCAGUUAUCAGGAGCAAUUCCAAUACAACUCCUUGUGCGUUCAGAGAAUAGUACACUCCAAUUCAAUUUUGGUGGAAAUCCAGAUCUUUGCUCCUCAGGUUCAUGCAAUAAAAGUAAUGGGAAUAAGGUUGUAGUUCCAUUGGUAACAUCAAUUGGUGGAGCUUUCUUGAUACUAGCAGUAGCAGUGAUUUCUUUUCACAUUUACAAUACGAGACACAGAGUUUCCAAUAAGGUGAUCAUGCUGGGUGCUAAUUCAAGAAUAAAGCAGGAACUCGAGUCAAAAAAACAAGAAUUCCGCUACGAAGAAGUAUACAGAAUUACCAGAAACUUUAAGACGGUUUUGGGGAAAGGAGCAUCUGGAACAGUCUACCACGGCUGGAUUGACCAUGAUACUGAGGUAGCUGUCAAAAUGCUGUCUUCCUCAUCAGCUCAAGGAUAUCUGCAAUUUCAAGCAGAGGCCAAAUUUUUUGCUACAGUUCAUCAUAAAUACUUGACCAGUCUUAUAGGUUACUGUGAUGAUGGCACCAACAUGGCUCUCAUCUAUGAGUAUAUGGCUAAUGGUGACUUAGCCAACCAUUUAUCAGAUAAAAACGGUAAUAUAUUGAGUUGGAAUCAAAGACUUCAAAUUGCAGUGGAUGUUGCAGAAGGAUUGGAGUAUCUGCAUCAUGGUUGCAAUCCACCAAUUGUUCAUAGAGAUGUUAAGUCUAAAAACAUCUUACUAAAUGAAAAAUUACAAGGUAAAUUAGCUGAUUUUGGAUUGUCCAAGAUCUAUCCUAAUGAAGGUGAAACUCAUCUCUCCACAGUUAUUGCUGGCACGCCAGGAUACCUCGACCCGGAGUACAAUAGAUUAAGCAGGUUGAGAGAAAAAAGUGAUGUAUUCAGUUUUGGGGUAGUUUUGCUUGAGAUAAUUACAGGACAACCAGCCAUAACCAAAACCGAGGACAAAAUCCAUAUUGUUCAACUGGUCAGUGACAUGCUGCUGGAAAGAGAGGUAAAAGAUAUUGUUGAUCCCAGAUUACAGGGUGACUUCGAUAUUAACUAUGCAACUAAAGCUUUGGAUACUGCAAUGGCUUGUGUAGCACAAUCUUCCAUGAAUAGACCAACCAUGAGGAAUGUAGUUAUGGAACUGAAACAAUGUUUGGAAAACAAGAUCACUUAUCUGUCUGACUCUAGAUACACUUAUGAGAGUUUUCCUGGUACAUUAUAUUCUGUCUCCUUUGAUAGAAUUAGUGGCGAAAGCUCUCUAGCGAGGUAGUAAUUUUAUUAAAACUAGAAUGAGAUACGCGCGUUGCAUUGGGGAAAGAAUUUUUGUACGUUAUUAUAUAUUCAAAAGUGAUCUAAUAUGCGCUGUAAAUAUAAGUCACAUAUAAUUUAAAACUAUAGAGCCCUGUAAAUAUAACUACUUUUAACCACAUUUAAAAUUCUUAUACAUCUGUAUUUAUCACUAAA